AUGACUCUGUCUACGAACGCUCCAUACACCCUGCCUUGUGCCAGCCUUGCCUUAUUAGCAGAGGACCUGAGUGCAGCAAGCAGAAGGAGCAAGAAUCAUAGAGGUACUCUGACAAUAUGUGAAGAGAAGUACCUCGCUUUUGCUCGUAGAAUGGACAUCUUCUUUGACCUCAUCGCGGCUGCUAUCCCAAGCAGCUCAGCUUGGCAUUGCAACUUUUGGGGUUUGAUAUGUGCGGUCUUCAAGGCGGCGGGCACCUACGUUAUAGUGUUUGAAAAGGUCACAGAACUGCUUGAGAGCGUAACGCAUCUGAUGCCCGACUACAAACAGCUGCUUGCAGCUCGCACAAGACCGCUAGAUCUUGAGGAGCGGCGUGGGAGCGAGACAUAUUUCGAGCCGGUAUUGCAUGUGGUUACAGAUGUGGCGCAAUUUCUUCGAGAACUCCAGGAGAUGCUCACCAGAACCUCCCACGGGGACCCAUUACGCCAUAAUCGCUUGUUUUCGCCUACAUACCUGUGGCGGCCGCUCGACUCCCGUUUCGCGCAGCUUGAGGCAAGACUUGUGAGGAACAAAGAAUGGCUGGAAAAAGAACUUGGAGGUACGGAGACAGAGUACGCGAUAACAGAAAAGUACCGCGCCGAGUGCAGGGAGUUUCUUGACAAGCAAAGUCAGGCGCAGGAGGGUGAGGAACUUGGUUUGCAGAGGAUGGCGAAACGAAUGAGAAGAAUCGACCGAAUCAAGACGUGGCUGGAUAGCAAUUGCUCCUACCGAGAUAUCUACGAACACCGGCUCAGGCAACGACAUCCCAACACUUGCGCAUGGUUCCUCGACAACGAAAAGUACUGUCGGUGGAGAAACAUUCCUUUUGACGACGAGUCUGCGAAUGACACGGAUCGCCUUGAAAAUCAUUGGCAACAUAGAGUCUUAUUCGUACAAGCUGAAUCAGGCUUCGGAAAAAGCUACCUCUCUGGUAUUGUUGUUGACGACCUCAGCAGCGAAGCAGGCAAUUUGAGCAUCGAUGACGAGACCGAAUCACCUUCCACUGCCUUCUAUCAUUUCAGCGCAGCUCACUCUUACUGUAUUCACCCUGACGACGCAUUGAGAGCGCUUACAGACCAGCUUAUCUAUACACAUCGUCAUGAUCGUUCUACUCUAGAUGCCGUAUCCUUGCUCGUACGCAAAACGCCCACUCACGAAAAAGCAACUCCUGACGACGUUCUUUCAACCCUUGCGCUGCUUCUUCGCCAACAUCCAACCUUUCUUGUCAUUGACGGCAUCGACGAGUGCAGUGAUGUUGAACUGUUGCUCCGAUACAUUCCCACGCUUUGCCGAAAGUCCGAUACGCGUGUGGUUCUUUUCGGUCGGCCACACGUCAGGAUUCCCAAUGAGUACCACAAAUGGGCAUCGGAUGCACCUCAUGUAAUAUCACUUGGUAGUGGCAGCAACAAGCACGACGUGGAAGCCUACAUUAUCGAAAACCUUCACGAGCUUGCCGACCAAGGCUAUUUUGGCAUAUCCAUGGACAGAUCGUUGAUCACAGCUAUUGCACAAACAUGCAAAGGCAAUUUCCUCUGGGCCAGUUGCCUUCUCAAAUACCUACGAUCGCCAGUCCUAUCUCCCGACGAACGCCGCGCGAAGCUUGAGAAGCCUCAUGAGCUAGACGGACUAGAGGCAAUCUACGCCCAUAUCUUGGCUUUACUCGAAUUCAGACCAGAGGGAGAGAGGCGCUUUGUGGUCGGCGUUUUCCGACUGCUUGCGCUAGGGAUCCACCGGCCGUGUAUGCCGGGUUUCCAGAAAGCUAUCAACGUUAGUCCGGGCCAGCGUACUAUCGAAUUUGGACCCAGCUUCACCACCAACGAAGCUAUUCCACUUUUAACCUGCGACUUGGUCGAAGUCACACCUUGCAAUGUCACCUUUGCACAUAAUUCUGUCAGAGAGUAUCUCCAGGCUGUCAGCCCUGAUACGAGUUCAUUCAGCCUCCAGGACGAGAACCUCGCACACGCACAUCUAGCAGCUGUCUGCAUCUCGUUUCUCGCUUUCGACAUCCCAAAACGACCGCUCGGACCCAAUAACCCACAUGUAUCUCAGCUUCUGCUGUCAUCCCAGGCACAGAGCAGUGCCACAAGCAUGCGGACCAUCAAUUCCGGCGACAGCGGAUACAAGUCCAUAUCAUCCGCCCCCUCAAUAUCAGAACACCGCCACGCAGCCCCAGGACCAUCGAACGUACCCGCCUCCUCGGCACGCCCACCAUGCCAACCCCAAUGGGACGCCGCGCUCCCCUUUCUCCGCUACGCCUCCCUCUGCUGGCCCAUUCACCUCACUCGCGCCCUCACACCUCCCUUGAACUCCUCUUCCCAGCAAUUGCAAUCAUCACCAUCAUCAUCCUCACAACAAUACCCCUGGCUCACCUCCCUCAGCACCUUCCUGACCGACCGCGCUGCAGUCACCACCUGGGUCGAAGCCUCGUGGCGCUACAACCUCCCGCCAAACCUAUCGAGGCUGGUUCCGCUGCUGGAGGCGGUGAAGAGCAGGACGCCGCCGGCGACUGUGGAGGGCAGGGAGCUGAGGUGGGUGGUGCAUGGGGUGAGGGAGUUGAGUGAGGGGUUGAACGCGGUGAGGGAGGGGUGGGGGCAUAGGGUAAGGGAGGAUCCCGGUUUGGUUUGGGGUUGGAGGGGGGGACGGGGGAUGAUUUAG